CCAACUCACAAAAUGUCUUAUCAUUUUGAAGACUCAAAAACAUAAAUUUCUUCUAGAGACCCAAUUUUUUAGUAAAGUUGUUUUUAUGUUAACCUCUUAUUAUCAUUUCUCCUCUUGUGAGUCUUCUGUUUCAAAACCUUAAACCUCUCAAAUCAGCAAGCAACCACAACACCAAAGCUAAAACCUCAAAUAGCUAAGAACACUCUCACUCUCCCAUUCUCAGAUGUCCACACCAAUUGUGCAACAGUCACCACCGACCCUAGAAGUGACCCAGCAAGCAUACACGACCCAUUCGGGUCACGGGUCGGUUGGACCCGUUAUAGCGGUUCUUGCAGUGAUCACUGUUCUGGGCGUCAUUGCAGGCAUGAUUGGCAGGCUCUGUUCGGGUCGUCGGGUCAUGGGUCAUGGACAGUACGACGUUGAAACAUGGGUCGAGACCAAAUGCUCCUCCUGCGUCGACGGCAGAAUAGCCCCUCCUCCUCCGCCACCUCUUCAGCCGGUAGCUGAAGCCAACGCCGAGGAGGAUGCGCCGCCGGUGGACGCCACUCAAGAGAUUAAAGAAGAACAACAACAACAACAACAACCACAACCAAGACAAAGCUCACAUGGUCAUAGUAGUAGUUAA